AGGCACAAUGCGUUGGGGAGCGAGGUGGCGAGAGACACACGCAUGGGGGAGAGAGAAGUAAAGAAGACAACGCAAGGGGUAACCACCAGAGGUACACUUCUAACUUUCUGUCAACCAGGACGAUCACGGCCAAGCUGGGGCCCCGCGUAACGCCGACCACCGCGGGCGGAUUUGGAGCGUGUGCAGGUGUUCGGGUGUGUACACACGUGUGCAGUGGGUCGCAGGUGGCCAGGCAGCCCGCAGGCCCUUCGGUAUAAAGUGAGAGGUUGGACGACACGGACAUCGACUCUCGCCUCGACCAGGUGCGAAACGUCGCCUCCAUGAAGGCCAUGGCGCAUCUGCUGCUGCUGCUCCCCCUGGUAGCGCUCACCCACGGCUACUGCACCCAGCAGAAGCUCUUUGCGGACAUCGUCAUGCGGGAUGGAGUCCCGGUGCUGGAGGAGGGGCCGUGCAAGGACGAAAGCGGCGGGUCGCGACUCGCGGGCGAGCAGUGGAGAGAAAGUGGCUGCAUGCUGUGCACGUGCGGGGAGACGUACAUCAGCUGCUGCAGCAUCGGCGGCAGGGCGGUGAACUUUGCGGCCGACUGCGAGGCGGUGAUGGACGUUGACACGUGCCGCUACUCGGUGGUGAAGAAGGACGACCCGAGCCAGACGUGCGCGCACGACAUGAAACUUCUGCUGAUCGCGCUGCUGUUCUGUGGAUUGGUGCCGAUGUACCACGCGGCCGUUCUACAGCCUGCAGUACAGAUCAUCUCGAGGGGAUGCAGCUCGCCCACGGGACUCGUGCCAAUCGGAGCGUCUUGGCGCAACGCCAAAUGUGAAACGUGCAUUUGUGGAGCCAACUACAUCCCGACCUGUACUCUCAAGCUCUCGAUUCCAGUGAUGUACGACAGCGACUGCGAGCUGUUUCUGGACACGAAGUUGUGCGUAUACAAGGUGGUGAAGAUUGCCGACCACUCGAUAUCGUGUCCCUACCGGGGCAUGACCUACCCGACAUCGAAGUAACACGCGGGACGACCAAAAAAAUGUCUUCAAGAAAUACGCUCGAUAAAGCAUCUCCAGAGUAACGACGCUCACCGCGUUGUUAUUCUUUUUGGCCGUGGCACCCAUUUGCGCUUACAGCUACACAUAGAUACAUUUUGGGGAUUAAGUUUGUGUUACAACAAUAGGGACAUGUUAUAGUCCACAGGCCGAAGCGGAUACGGGAUACCACCUCAGGCUGCUAAAACUUAACAGUAUCGAUGAUUAAUUCACUUGGCGAAUGAUAAUCAAUUAGUUGAUUACCCCACUCAGUGCAAAUGGUUAUCACGUAAUUCGCUGUUAUUCGUCACGUAAGGAAAUUGAAACUAUUAGGUCACCAACAAGUCAAACAACUGGUCUAGAGCCCGUGGACUAUUGCGUGAUAUAUUCCCGCUAAUGCCUCUCUUUUAGACGCUGCUUGACCACACACUCAAAUAUUGUUGUUUUCUUCUCUUUUGGGGCUGAACUGUUGUUUGAACAAUUAAGAAAAGCAUCAUCAACAUCAAUAAAAAACGCAAAGCUGCAAUUCUA